GCGGGCGGCGCCCGCCGCAGAGCCGCAUUCUCCGCAGCCCCCGCAGCCAUGAGCUCGUACGGCUACGACCCGUUCUUCCCGUCCUACAAGCGGCGCUACGCGGAGAGCCCGCGCAUCCAUGUGUCGGUGCGCAGCGGCGGCGGCUUCGGCUCUGCGCGCUCCGCGUACUCCAGCCUGUCCGCGCCCGUGUCCUCCGUGUCCGUGCGCCGCAGCUACGCCGCCUCCAGCGCCUCGGGCUCGCUGCUGCACUCGGUGGACAGCCUGGACCUGAGCCAGGUGGCCGCCAUCAGCAACGACCUCAAAUCCAUCCGCAGCCAGGAGCGAGCGCAGCUGCAGGACCUCAACGACCGCUUCGCCUGCUUCAUCGAGCGCGUCCACGAGCUGGAGCAGCAGAACAAGGUGCUGGAGGCCGAGCUGCUGGUGCUGCGGCAGAAACACGCCGAGCCCUCCCGCUUCCGCGCCCUGUACGAGCAGGAGAUCCGCGAGCUGCGCUUGGCCGCGGAGGAGGCGACGAGCGAGAAGCAGGCGCUGCAGGGCGAGCGGGAGAGCCUGGAGGAGACGCUGCGCGGGCUCCAAGCGCGCUACGAGGAGGAGGUGCUGAGCCGCGAGGACGCGGAGGCGCGGCUGCUGGAGGUGCGCAAGGGCGCGGACGAGGCGGCGCUGGCCCGGGCGGAGCUGGAGAAGCGGGUGGACAGCCUGCUGGACGAGCUGGCCUUCCUCAAGAAGGUKCACGAGGAGGAGCUGGCCGAGCUGCAGGCUCAGAUCCAGUACGCGCAUCUCUCCGUGGAGAUGGACGUGUCGGCCAAGCCCGACCUGUCGGCCGCGCUGCGCGACAUCCGCGCUCAGUACGAGAAGCUGGCGGCGCGCAACAUGCAGAACGCCGAGGAGUGGUUCCGCUCCCGCUUCACCGUGCUCAGCGAGAGCGCUGCCAAGAACACGGACGCCGUGAGAGCCGCCAAGGACGAGGUGUCCGAGAGCCGCCGGCUGCUCAAGGCCAAGACGCUGGAGAUCGAGGCCACCCGCGGCAUGAACGAGGCGCUGGAGAAGCAGCUGCAGGAGCUGGAGGAGAAGCAGAGCGCGGAUAUUUCCGCGCUGCAGGUGAGGGGAGGGGUUGGGAGGGUGGCGGGAGGUGUGGCGCUCACGAUGCUCAAAGCGCCACGGUAUCGUCGUUCGCGGCCGGAUAAUAAUUUUUUUGUUGUUUUUUUUUUAUUUUUUUUUCUCCCCGCCAGGAAACUUCUGGAAGGGGAGGAGACCCGCCUGAGCUUCACCAGCGUGGGCAGCAUCACCAGCGGCUACAGCCAGGCCGCGUCCACCUUCGGCCGCUCGGCGUACGGCGGUCUGCAGUCCAGCUCGUACCUGAUGACCGCCCGCUCCUUCCCCACCUACUACUCGAGCCACGUGCAGGAGGAGCAGAUCGAGAUCGAGGAGACCAUCGAGGCCACCAAGGCCGGGGAGGCCAAAGCGGCUCCGGCGGAGGAGGGAGAGGAGGAGGAGGAGGAGAAGGAGGAAGGGGAGGAGGAAGCGGGAGAAGAGGCUGAGGAAGAGGAGGAAGGGGCCAAGGAGGAAUCCGAAGAAACCAAAGAGGGCGAGGAGGAGGAAGGAGAAGGCGACGAAACAGCGGCGGAAGAAGGGGAGGAAUCCCAGGAAGGCGCUGAGGAAGGCGGCGAGGACGAGAAGGACGAGAAGGACGAGAAAGACGAGAAGGAUGAGAAGGAAGCCAAGAAAAAACCUUGAGCUGAGCGCGGAGCGGCUCCGUCGGGAUCGAGGAACGGCAGAGCUCCGGGAGCAGCUCCAGCCCUCGAUUCGGGACCCUCGGAGCUCCCCAAUCCUCCAUCCCGACCCUUUUUUCCCCCCGUGCAGAGUCCGAGUUUGCUUGCAGAGCACCCAAGGCUUGCUCCCCGAGCGCCGCAUGGUACGAAUUCGGGGCUCCCGUCMUUUCCCCCAGAAUUUUAUUUCGAAAUAAAAAGAAGGGGGGRAAAAUWAURAAAAAAUAAAGAAUGAAAGGUUAACUUUAAAUGGUAAUUAAAGUAAUUAUGGAAACGGUGGGUGGGGGAAUGGUGGAGGCUUCAUUAAGUACGUGCAAUAAAAGCUGUUCAAUAAAGUUCCAGAAAUGCUUA